GAGGGCUUGAGGUAUAAAUGCAGUGAAUGACAGAGUGCUCAUGUCCACUCUGUUCGUAGGAGGGAUUGAGUUAGCCACAAGAUGAUUGGUCUGAUUGUGCUCACACUGCUGGGUGCUGCAGCUGCAGCCCCUCUGGAUGACAAGAUCGUGGGAGGCUACGAGUGUGCAGCCCACUCCCGGCCUUGGCAGGUGUCCAUCAACAUCGGCUACCACUAUUGCGGCGGCUCCCUCAUCAACGACCAGUGGAUCAUCUCUGCCGCACACUGCUGGCAAAAUCCCUUUUCACAGAUUGCCAUCUUGGGUGACCACCACAUCUGGAAUUAUGAAGGCACAGAGCAGUACAUGUCAGUGGAUGCCAUCUACUGGCACGAGAUGUACAACUACGAGACGCUGGACUAUGACAUUAUGCUGAUGAAGCUGGCCCAUCCUGCCACUCUGAAUCAAUAUGUCAAGCCCAUCCCUCUGCCAAAGGCCUGCCCCAGAGUUGGCGACAUGUGUGAGGUGUCUGGAUGGGGGAACACCUGGCCCGAAGAUGUGUACAACCCAUUUCAGCUGCAGUGUGUGAGGGUCCCUAUUGUGGCUGAUGCGGACUGUGACAACUCCUACCCUGGCAUGAUCACUAACCAAAUGGUGUGUGCUGGAUACCCGGAAGGAGGCAAGGACGCCUGUCAGGGUGACUCCGGUGGUCCUCUGGUGUGUAAUGGGGAGCUGCAGGGCAUUGUCUCUUGGGGCCAGGGCUGCGCUCAGCCUAACUACCCGGGAGUUUACACCAAAGUCUGCUCUCUGAUGCCCUGGAUCAACGAUAUUCUCACCAGAUACAGCUAGGCUCUGAUCUUCCAUCACAGAACAUGAGAAAGCGGAAACAAGAGAGGGGAGUUGAAAGUGGCAGAGACAGGUGGUGGUGGGUAGCGUUACAAAGAA